GUGAUGCGCGGAGUGGUGUCCCGCAGAGCGGAGUCUCGGUUUGUCCGCUACAGGCGGUCAGCCCAUGCUCCACCCGUUCAAGGGCACCUCGGCAGAGGCUCCGUUCUUCCCAGAGCUUUCCUAAACCAAGGGGCCGGUGACCUUGGCAGAGCGGAACCGUGUAACCUGCGCUGCAAUCGGCCGUUCAGGAGGAGGAGCUCGGUCAUCUUCUCAAAAUCACUGGAAGCUGAAGAUGGAGAUUAAGCAUGUGAAGGACUACAUCUACUGGCUGUACUACCAGUACCUGUUGAUAACCUGCAGCUAUGUGCUGGAGCCCUGGGAGCGGUCCAUGUUUCACACAAUCACUGUGACUGUUUUUGCUAUGGUGGUGUACACAGCUUACGUCUUUGUGCCUAUCCACAUCCGCCUGGCUUUUGAGUUCUUCUCCCAGUUAUUUGGAGGCCAGCCUGAAAGCACAGUUUCCAUCGUGAACUGAACUUGCCCGAGUAGUGAUUAGCAGCUCUUACAACUUGUGAAAUGCAGUGUCUUCUUCAAUUUUCUGAUUCUGAAGCAGUUUUGCAGUGAUGAAAAUAUUUUCUCUUCUAAAACAUGGCUUGCUUAAUUAAUAUAGCUGAAAAUCAGAACACUGCACUACUGGCUGCACAGUCUGCAUUAAAGGAAACACAGGCCAGCUUUUGCUAUGUGAUAAUUAAACACAUCACCUGGAAUGUCAUGUUUACUUAAUAUUCAACCAGCUCCCACUUUCAGCACCCUGAUUUUAUCACACUGGCACAUAUGAAACAGCAAAGACUGUUUAUGAUGGCUGUGAGGAGCAGUACUACGUUCAUUAUACGCACAGAAGUUCUGCCAACAGAGUGCAACAGCAAAACAUCCCAAAUCUUUGUUGACCCAGGUUAGAAAAUACAAGGAGAUCACUAUAAUAUAGCAUGAUUUCAGCACUAAUAUCUGUCUUGUUAUUGACUUCUGUUUCUAACAGAUGGGAGAAGAAAUCAGAAGAGAGAAAGUAAUAGGAGUAUGAACUUGAAUCCAAUUUUUUGCAUCUGAAUUGCUGCAUUGGAUGGGGCUUUGCGUAGCCUGGUCUAGUGAGUGGAAGGUGUCCCUGCCCAUGGCAGAGGGGUUGGAACUACGUGAUCUUUAAGGUCCCUUCCAACCCAAACCAUUCUAGGAUUCUAUAAGAUAGUAAAACAAACAUACGAUAGGUAAUUUUGACGUUUACUGAAAUUGACAGAAAGAAACAGAACUGGUUCUGAUUCAGUAAACUCCUGCCUUCUUUGAUAAAAAAAUGAGACAUCUUUUCUUUCUGCUCCCAUUCAUCAAGGCAAGCAAAGUUCAUGCUUAUGCCAGAGGAAGACAAUCCAUAAAACAUAGUGGAAGUAAUAUUUUAAUAACUGCAGGAAAGUUUGAGUGCUUAAAGAGUUCUCCUUUAUAAAGAAGAAAACAGAUUUCAUAUAAUUGCCUGUGGGGAGUUUCUUGAAAAAUGGAAGGUUUAUUUGGUUUUCACUCUACACUUACAUCAAAUGUGAAUGCCAAAUCACAAGUUAUAGCUAUACAGUGCAUGUAUCUAACAGCUGAUGCUACUGUUAUUAGAAGUGAGAGGUGAAAAAUGUAAAUAGCUUUCAAAUGAUGUUUGCACAGUUACAGGAUUAAAACAACCCUCUUAACUUCUUUAUCAAGCUGCAGUGGGGUUCUGCAUGCUUCAAAGAACACAGUUUGUUGAGAAACUAAGACAUGUUUUGAAGGUUGAACAGAUCUGAACAUGUGUAUGCAGUUUUUUCAGAAAAAAAAUAAAAUUUUAUUCUUCA